ACAAAACACUACAAAAGAUUGAUUUUUACAUGUUAUUUUUACACAGUUUUCCAUAAUAAUUACCAAUCGAAAAUGUCGGAAAUAUGGAAUUUGGGAGCCCUGUGCCGCUGUUGUCAUGCAGACGGGACCUUCAAGGACUUAGAACUACCUUAUAUGUUCCAAAACAAAGUUGAAGUGUACGCAACAAUUCUUCUUGAAACUUUUGGUAUUUCAGUAACACCACCUCCGUUUGAAGCUAGCUACACUAUCUGCGAUGAUUGCAUUGAACGGCUUCGGGAUGCCAAACUCUUCAAAGAUCAGGUUCUGGAUUGUGACCAGAAGUUCCUGGAAUAUUGCCAAAAUGAACAACAAGCGAACAUGGCGUCAUGUAUUAAAGUUGAAAUGGACGAUUAUUCACUUAUUAAUGAGCCUGUUGAUGAUAAAAGUACGAUCCAUAUCACGUAUGAGGGACCGGCCAUCAAAAACGACAGUUACGAUGAUGACUUUCAUGAUUACGAAACUACAGAAAACAUAAAGGAAAAAGAAGAAGAAGAAGAAAAACCUAAAAAAACCAAAGAAGAAGAAGAUAAUACUCCCAAAAUAAAACCUGCAUUGAAGAAAAGAUUGCCAGCAAAAAGAAAACUUAAAACAGAGAAGGAUUCAACUUCAGCCAAGACUACUAAAACUGAUAAACCGAAUUCAUCCAAGAAGCAGAAGACGGCAUACUUAGAAGUGCAAUUGAAGACUGAGAAAGGUGUCACAUACUCAUGCAAACUCUGCGGAGGCACUUACAGUAGCACUGAAGAUUUAAAACAACACGCCAAAGAAAGUCACUUAAACUUGCGAAUCAAAUGUGACCACUGCACCAAGACAUUCGGUAACAAAUACAGUUUGAAGAAACAUUUGAAACUGUUCGCGACCGUAGACAAACAUAAGUGGAAAUGUAAUUAUUGCGACAUGCGUUUCACUUCAAAACCUAGUCUUUCAUGCCACGAAAAUACGCAACACACCAAAAAGGAACGGUUCAUCUGCGAUUUAUGCAAGAAAGAUUUCUACAACAAAUCAAGUUUGCGACGCCACCUCAGAUGGCAUAGUGGCACUUCGAAAGCUUUCGUUUGCGACAUCUGCGGUCUUCAAGUAGGAGACAGCGCCAACCUGAGAAUCCACGUAAUGACGGUACAUGAGAAAAUUCGCAGGUUCCGCUGCAAUGUGUGUGAGAAAGCUUACAGCACUAACAAAUCGUUGAAAGUACACGUCGCCAGCCACACAGGCGAAUACCCGUUGGUCUGCGACAAGUGUCCCAAGAAGUUUCUAUACGAGAACACAUUAAGAAGACAUAAAAUGAUGCACGAAAACAACGCGUCUCACAAAAGAAUCUACAAAUGCAUGGUCUGCCCUUCCACUUUCCAUAUCAGGGGCAGAUUCAAAGCUCACGUCAUGAAACACUCUGGUUUCCUCCCUUACAAAUGCCACUUAUGCCCAAAGGAUUUCUCUUGCAAGUAUUCUUUGAACAGACAUAUAAUUCAGCACAGCGGUAUCAAACGGUUCCAUUGCGAAGUGUGUCAAGCUGGUUUUGUUCAAAAGGCUGCUUUAGGGCGUCACGUCAAAAGAGUACAUGACCCUACUAAAGGGUUGAGGGUUAAAGUGAAGUGUGACUUGUGUAAACAAAACGUUCAUGAUUUGGAGAAACAUAAGCAGAGGCAUUUUGAAAGGCCGCAUAUGUGUCAACAAUGCAAGAGGUCAUAUCCUUCGACCAGCUCGCUAAACAGGCACAUAAGAAAUGAACAUUUAGGCCACCGCGCGCACCCCUGCGACCAGUGCACUAAAGCCUACACUAGACCAGAUGCCCUGAGGCGUCACAAAGAGAAAAAACAUAAAUUAAUACCGAAAACUGAACAGAAUUACGACGAAAGUUUAAACGUAUUUACUAUAGAAAAUAAACAAAUUAAUGUAACGUCCGAGCCCUCGUGUUCGCCGGCCCACACCUCAAACAAAUCUCAAAUCAAAUCAAAUAUACUUUAUUAAUAUGCACACAACAUAUAAAACAAAUUUACACAAAUGGAUGAUAGAUGCAGUACAAUCUGGCGGCCUUAUUGCUAAGCAGAAAUUUUUCUCCUGCCGCCCGGCUGGAGUCGCUCACCGGGUCUCCUUCAACAGACAGUGUGCACUCACUUUCUCUCUCACUUUGGUCACGGCUAUGGAGCCGAAUGGACGUUCACUGCUUUAGCGUUACUUGUUAAUUAGUGCUGUAAAUUAUAUUUCUUGGUUACCUUAUUUGUUAUUCUGUAAAUUCAUUUAAGAAUUAUAAGGAUUUUUGCCUUCUUUCAAA